CAUGCGGUAUGGCGGUCUGCAACGCUGAUCUUAGUGGCGUCCUGAAAGGGUCUUGCUUAGAAUGCCGAUGCACAGGAUACCAAAGAACCGUUGCCAUGGUACAGUUAUCGCUGCUCAUCCCAAUAGGCGCCUGCAUCCACUGUUGGCACCCGCCAGCAGCGCAUAAAGACGCAGGAGACAGAGCCGUGACGAGUGGAGGUGAAAUCCCAGCGGGAAAACAGACAACAGCCCUCGGUGCCAAGGGGUCCGUUUCUUGUGAAGUGCCUUCGUUCGUAUGUGAACCUGAUAUUGCUGAAGUUGGCGCAUCUGAACAAGAACCAAAUGUCCAAGAAGCCCCGCAGAGCCCUCCAAAUGUUGCCCGAGCAAACUCGCAGCCAUCACUUGCUGCCGGGACCACAGGUGACACGAGGAUGUCAGAAAUGUGGUCGAAGGACAACGUGGUGCCACCGUUCUCCGACGCCAUCCAGCCACUGUUGCACGGCCAGAGCAUGAGCAGAGACGAGCAGAAUCGUCUUGCUCGACAGUUGAGGCACGAACUUAUUGAUUUCCUCAACAACAACAACUUGAUCGAAGACUUGAACCCGGCUAUAAGACGUUGGAAAUACCAGCGGCUUGGAGAGUCACUUGUGAGUGCAUAUCCCAAGAUCUUAUGGGACAAGCAAGGAAGGGCCACUAAAUGUUCGGCCAAAUCGCCAAUGGCCACAUUCCUCUCAAGACUGGCCGAGACUCGGAGGCACCGAAAAGCGCGGAACGACAAGAAAGCAGAACUGCCACGGCUUUCUCCCGUACCUUCCGAUUCUCGUGAACAGUGCGCGCCCACCAUCGACAUGACGCGAGCCAUUCAGGAAUUGAAGGAACUUGCUGCAGCAGUGAGCCCCUCCGGACCGUUCGGUGUUGACAGAAUGAAACAACUGUUGGGGUCAACUUAGGAGGAUGAACAAAUUAACACUGCACGGAAGAUUGCCAAGCCGUCUUCUCAACAGAGGUGUGGUUUUUGCUGCUUCAUUUGAAGUGAUUGCAUGUUCUGUGAGGAAGUUGGGGAAGACAGUGAAGAGAACAACUGCUCGCUUCAUCCCUUCGUCAUGAGGAGUGUGUGAUUCAGGUCAAGGACAGCAACAACAGCAAACAGUGUGAAUGUGUCAGACUCACCUUUUAGCUAAAUGAUACCACGUUCAGACAACGUUUACAGAUGCAUUUUGACCCCCUCCCACCCCUCCGCAGCCCAAGUCAUAGACAUCGCAUCCACCUUAGUUCUCCCACCCCGAAAGGAAUUCCAGGCUACACCGCUGAGCAAGGUGAUGGAGCAUUGACAUUCUUUGUGCACUGCCUUAGUCUUGAGGGGUUGGUAAGGAAGACUUGGGAUAAUUUAUUGGAUCUAUCAUUAUGUUUCUUCUGGUUCACUCACUUGCAUCAUUCAAAUUUUCCAUUACUUCAUUAUAACCGGGGGGGGGGGGGGGGGUAGCAGUAAUUUGGCUGUGACAAGGUGUAUCCCCCCUUUUUCACGGUAAUCACUGCCUAAAUAAAGUUUAGCACUUGCUUCCGACGUACUUCCAUAUGCUGCAUGCAGUAACACCCAACUGUGACAAAGGUGCGUGUAUGCACAAAACAACAGACUGACAAGCAGUGAUGUAGAAGCGAGCUUCGCAUUCACUAGUGCGGGACUCGGGUGGCGGGUUUGAUUCCCAACCAAGGUGCCUGCGAUCUGAUGCAGGUAUAUUGCGGAGAAGGCGCCAUGGUAACCGAGCUCUUUGUCGCACAUUAGACGAUUCCCACGUGGUCGAAAUUAGUCCUCUACUAGAGCGUACCAGAUGCCCAUCAUUAGUUCGGCGCGUGGAACCCCCCCAUACAAAUUUGACAGCCGUGGACAUGUCCUCUUUUGCGGAUCCGUCGGGGUUGGGUACUCUUCAUCGUGUUCCGAGCAUGUAUUGGACAUGAGGGCUGCGUCGGCGUUCGGCGAGGACUCGGAUCUAAUCGCGCGCCUCGUGUACAUGGAUGCAUGGAUGGAUAUUGAUGGCUAUACCCUUUGUAACGGGCGGCAGCUUGCGCCACCCAGCCUAAGUAAAAAGACAAACAUGAUUCCUCCUGUCCUUCUAACUAUCACCGGGCAGUGUGGGAUAUCACCAGGAUGACCUUCCGGGGAAUCGGACAAAAAAAAAGAAAA